CAAAACAAUAAGUGCCGUUGGUGCGGACGAAGCGCCAAGUACUUACAAAAGUUAAUCAAUUUAAAUUGAAAUGACAAAAGAGCAAGAACGUUCAUUCACUAACACACCACAUAGCAGCAAUAACCAGAGACCGCAUAUGAUAUACGUUCUCAGCAAUAACUCGACGAUCUCAACAAAGAGCGAAUACGAUCUCAUUUACGUUCUUUAAAAGCGUACGAGCUCACCAGAGAACGUUCUCUGUCUAUUAUAAACGUUCUCUGAGCUCAUGUACCGUUUUUCACCACCAUCGAAAUUACUCAACACAGUAAAAUACACGCAAUCAACAAGUGGCAAGGCGGUACGAUCAGCUGUUCACCGAGUUUGCGAAGCUGGCGCGCACAUCUGUCAGUUCACGUGCGAAUUUGAGUUUGUUUACAUUUAUCAAAACAAUUGUGAAAUAUUUAUCUAAUAAUUUUCGCGUUCGGGAGUGCGGUUCGGUAAAAGUGAAAUAUUAAAAUACUUAUUAGUGUAAAUAAAGUGCUAAUCGUUUAUACGUUUCUAACGCAAUGUCUAUUUUACUCGCGGAUAUCGAUGCCACUUGCGCGGCGCUUGGCUAUUACGAUAAUGAACGCUAUUUGGCCGAGCCGGACGCUUUGCAGGGCCUACGGCAUUUAAUAUGGAUUUUGCGACGCGAUUUGGAAAACCAUGAAUAUCGCCGUCACUUGGGCCAUGCCAAAGUGUUGCAAACAGAUUUGGUGCAUAUGUUGCAUGAUUAUGUGCACGAUCCGGAAUAUACAGAUGCGCUCGUGCGUUUAAUGGUCAUUUUAACAAAUCCAACGUUGUUGCUAUAUCGCGAAGGACCACCAAAAGAUUUCCACAGUCGUAAAGUUUUCAUGGAAUUGAUUGAAAUUUCGCAAGGUUAUAAGAGUGCCUUUACUCAAGACAAAGUUUGGGUACCACUAUAUGGCAUAAUGAAAAAGGGAUUGGAAAUCGACUGGGCGAUACGCAGCGAGGAGCAGAGCUUGAUGAUUGAACGCGUCCUUGUGCUGAUACGGAACGUGCUUCAAGUGCCGGCCAAUCCGGAGGCGGAGUGUCGUGCCGAUAACGAUGCCAGUCUGCAUGACCAAGUUAUCUGGGCGCUGCAUCAGUCGGGCCUCAUGGAUUUGGUGUUGUUUGUGGUGUCAUCACCGGAUGAGCAUCAGUUUCAUUUGCACGGUUUAGAGAUUUUGUGUCUGCUCUAUCGCGAACAAACAGCCGAAUCCCUAGCGGAUGCAUCGUUGCAACGCAGCAUCGCCGAGAAGCAACGCGACGAACAGGAAUUGUUGGCAGCGCGUCGCCGCGAGCGUCAACGGCUGCAGAGCAAACCGCCGACGAUGCGACAUUCACGUUUCGGCGGCACGUAUGUAAUACGGAAUAUGAAAUCCGUGUCGGAUCGCGACAUCAUUUGCCAUCAGCCGUUGGAACGUGUUAUGUCGAUUGAUUUCGAUCGUGAGAAGAAUCAGCAGAAGCGCUCAUUUCGCCAUGUCAAGGAGGAGGUCGAACUAACGCGACGCAGUGCGUUCUCAGUGCGUUUGUGCCUGCGCGAGUUCUGCAUUGAGAUCCUUCGCUCGGCUUACAACACGCUGGUGCGCCAAGUGCGGCGUGUGCUGGAACGUAACGCCGGCACUGACAAUCACGAUGACUCGUACCUGCUGUGGGCCAUACGAUUUUUCAUGGAAUUCAAUCGGUUGAGCGGCAUGCAACUGGAGUUGGUGAGUGAGUCGUUGAGUGUGCAGUGCUUCCACUGGGUGCUUACGCGUAUGCAACAUGAUAUGGACAUGAUUAUCAGCGACAAGAAGCAGGCGCGCGUCUGGGCGAAACGCUUACAUGUCGCACUACAGACAUUCCGUGAAUUGUUGUUGAGUUUGUUGGCGCUGCAGAAAGUUAAGGACGAUCGCGCGUUGGCCCUCUUCGAUAUGCUAUUGAAUAAUGUCUGCUAUGUGCUGGAGUAUCGAGAGACAAUAUUGCAUCUGUUAAUGAACUACAAUGAAGCGCAUAGCACCAAAGCUUAUCUGCGCGAUGUGAUCGAAACGGCCAACAUUUUCAUUAAAAUGAUGGAGAAGUUCUGCAAGGACACCGUGCUGUUGCAGGAGAAGAAACGCACCAAAAAGGGUGGACGCAAGUCGAAAGCAAAUAAAAAGCCGGAGCCAAAACCGCAACUCACUGAGGAGGAGCUCUCCAAUAAAUGGGCUGAAAUAGCCGGUGAGAUAAGUGAAACACUCACCAAUGAACUCCAGUUGCCCGAAGAGGAUCAACCUCUGCCCUUCGAUGCGACUUCUGAGAAAAGCAUCGACGAUCAAAAAGAAGACUGUAUGUUGCGUUUGCAUCGGUUUUUGCGCGAUCAGCUAUUUGAAAAGGCCGUUUCUCUACUGCGAGCAGCCAGAGAGGUCUGGCCGGAGAACGACGCUUUCGGCGCCAUGUCCGCCGCACCAGAAGAUGAAUUGUUGCUGCUGCGUGAGAUCUACAUGCACAACAUUGAAUCAGCUCUGCCAACGGAAAUUGAAAAUGGUGAUAAUACAGGGAACGCGCAGUUCAUUGAAGGUGAAGAGGAAGAGUACGAUGAAGAGGAGAAUGAGGAGUAUCCAGAGGAGAGACUUGUCGAGCGGCCGUUUAAAUUUGAGGAUUUUGCCAAAAGAUUGCUAAAUCCGAAAAUCGUACGCGCGUGUACGCUGGUCCUUACCGAUUGGAAUCAUAUACCGACGAAAUCAUUGAAGGCAGCUGUGACCAUAUUGCAUCGCAUCGCCGUGGCCUGCUCCUGUCCGGCCAUGUUGUAUCAUGCGAAACUGCUUCGCAUCUUUCAGCAGGUCUUCAAUGUCGAACGUGAUGCUCAUCACGAGGAGUUGCGCCGUCUCGGCAUCUAUGUGGUGCGUAAAUUUGUCGAGGUGGCGCCCAAAAAUCCGAAAAUCUACGCUGAGUUAUUAUUCUGGAAGAACAUCAAGGAGGCGAACGAGUUGGAAGGCGGCUAUUUGGAUGCAUAUGAGCCCGCUAAAGGCGUCUGGACCGAAGAACAGGAGGACCAAUUGCGUAUGCUCUUUGAGGAGAAUCAGCGUAAUCCUGAAACUGAUAAGGAUGUGAUUGAUUGGAUAUUGGAGCAUCUGAAUGAGAAGACACGCACGCGGCGCAUGGUGCUUAAGAAGAUGAAGGAAAUGGGUCUGGUAUUCAAGGCACCGACAAAGCGUACGACUGCCGGUGCGGCCAACAAGAAGCUAUGGUCUACAGAGGAAGAUGAAGAACUGCAAAGUCUCUACGACGAACAUCGUCUGGAGGACGAUUGCUUGCAACGCAUCAUCAACGAAUUCGUAGAUCGCCGCACGAAACGUCAGAUAAUACAACGUCUGCUGCAACUGCAUAUAAUCGCAGAUAAAUCGGAGAUUAUGCCGAAGAAGAAACCGAAGCGCAAGUCGAAGAAGGCAAGUGCCAAUUCGGAAGGCAGUGACAACGAGGGUGAAUACAUGGAUGAACCGCAAUUUGGUGAACUUCUAUCGCCCAGUGGUCCUAAAGCCUCCAAGACGUCGAAGAAGAAGAAGAAGGAUAAAAUGAAGAAGAAUAAGAACAAGUUGGCGGCGACGGCUAAACCUGCCAAACCGGUGAAGCGUAAGAUCGUGCGUACGCCACUCGAUGUGGGUACUGUGAAAGCGCUGAUUGCACAAGUUGCCGAUAAGUAUCAGGAGGCCAUUGAUUGGUUGAAGGAAUGCCUUGACGAUGCAGCCGAAGAUACCGAAGAACCCGGUGAAGAAGAUGAUGGAGUGCCAUUGGUGCCGCUGCAAGAGAUCGCACGUGAAGCGAUGGAGAAUACGGAUUUCCAAAAGAUCAUCGUAGCUUUGGGUAUACAGCCACCAUUGUUGGGUACAGAAAGCUAUUGGCGUAUACCAGUCUAUCUCAAUUCAGCUGACUUGAAGUUCCGUGCUAAAAUCGUAGCUGGCGAAGAGAUCGACAUCGAUAUGGAAGGUGUAGAGGAGGAGGGUGCUGAUACGGAAACGGCAGUGGAGGUCGCUAGCGGAGACGAGUCGGAUGAUGAUGAUGAUGACGAUGAUGAGUCAGAUAGCGAUUCCGACAGCGAUGCUGGCGGUGCUGCAAGGCAGGACAGUGAAAGCGAGGAAGAUUUCUUUGAUAACUUCGCCGAAAAACAUAAGAAACGCAUGGCCGCAAUGGAUGACUUUGUCGAGAAGCGUGCGCAAAAAAUGCGCAGCAUAAUGUUUAACAAAAGCGAUGAAGAGGAUACUGAGCGUGCCGGUAUUGGACAAAAGAAGAAGCGUGAACGUAAAAGCAAAGCAAGCAAAGGUGAAAAGGUGGAUAAAAACUCCGACAACGAUGCGGCUGAGGUUGAUGAAAUCGUAAAGAAACUCGACAAAAAGCGGCGACAAGCAGCCAUCAGUAGUGAUGAUGAUGAUGACGAUGAGGCCGCAAAGUCAACCGUUGUAAAGCAAUCCGAUGUUGUGAGCGAUUUAUUCGAUCAACUGAAAUCACAAACCGCCAAGAAGAAACGUGAGGCAACUACUUACACCGAGGAAAUGGACGAGCUUAAUUUCAAUUCAGAAGACUACCGCAAGCGGCUGCUUGAGCUUGGCGACAGCGACGAAGAUGACGUCGAAGACGCCACAACAACGAGCACCAACACCAACAAGACGCGCAUGCGGCGCGCUAAUAUAAUUGACUCCGAUAGCGAAGAAGAUGAUAGCGCCAAUGUAAAUCAUGAAAUGAACAAGGGCGUCAAUGAAGACAGCAAAGGCGCAAACGAUAAUGGUGUUGUGGACGACAAAGCGGUUGCGGCUGAAGAUGAUGACGGUGUAAGCGGUUUGGAUGCUGGCAUUGUUAGCACAGAAGGAAAUCAAGCACCUGCUGAUGACAUCAUCACAACGUCUAACAGCACAGGACCUGUUGAUGAGCUUGCAGCACACACAACAACAAAUAAACGAAAACGUAACAUUUUGGACGAUAGCGAAGAGGAAUAUGACACCACCAUUGGGAAACAGCCCGAUAGCGAGGAAGAGGAUGCAUUCAUCAUGCGGCGGAAACCAACUAAGGCGGAACAACAACGCUUAGACAGCGGUGAGGAGCCAGCCAAACGACGUCGUCUCGCUAUCAUCGACGACGAUGACGAUGAUGAGUAGAUGAUUGCAGCUGCAAAGUUCGAGAGAUUCAUUCAUCGCACAUUACAUAAUUUGUAAUUCUGAAUUAAUUUUGAAUUAAAUGUUUAUUUACUUAUUAUCAUCAUAUUUAUGUUCAUUAUUUGCCGAAUUCAUUUGUUAGUAGAAUAGCAUAAGAUAUAUCUUUGUAUGUACUAUCAUAAUUGUUUGAAUUAUAUAUUCAUUUUCAUUAAAAUUAAAUAAAAGUUGAAAAAAUUAUUAAUAAAGUUUAAAAAAUA